UCUUGUUGAUAUAGACAGCUUUCAUUUCUAUGUUCAUGCCAUCGAAUCUUUUUUAAUAUUUUAAUAUCUUUUAAGGAUAGUACAUCACUGGAAAACGGAAACACUUAUCCACCAUUAAGUCCCAAAGGCCAGGGUACGUUCUGAUAUUCAUUUCCAAGGCAAGGUGAAAUAGUUUAUCAGUUCCGUGUUUACUUAUUUCGUAAAAAGAAGAAGAAGAUUAUUAUUGUUUUUUAGGUUAUAUUUUUGAAAAUAUAAUGUUAUUGUAUGGUUUUAGAAUUACACCAAAAGAAAUAAUCCGGCUUAAAUAUAAUUGUCAAUUCCAUAGGCAAAGUUUAAACAGAUUUUCCCUUUUUAGUUCAACAUUUCAACAUAACCUGGAACAAUUAUUUCCAACACAAGUAUUUUUAAAUUAUUCUACCGAUUCUAAAAAACACGUUAAUGUCGGUACUAUAGGCCAUGUAGAUCAUGGCAAAACUACAUUAACUGCAGCCAUAACUAAAGUUUUACAGAAAAAAGGACUUGCAAAAUACACAUCAUAUGAUGAAAUUGACAGAGCUCCGGAAGAAAAAGCGAGAGGCAUUACAAUUAAUGCUGCUCACAUUGGCUACAGUACAACAAAGCGUAGCUAUGCCCACACAGAUUGUCCUGGACAUGCUGAUUACAUAAAGAAUAUGAUAUCUGGAGUAUCCCAAAUGGAUGGAGCUAUCUUAGUGGUUGCCGCUACAGAUGGUCAGAUGCCCCAAACUCGAGAACAUUUGCUCCUUGCUAAACAAGUGGGCAUAACAAAGAUUAUUGUUUAUGUUAAUAAAGCAGAUCUAGUAGAUGAUGAGGUAUUACAAUUGGUGGAAUUGGAAAUUAGAGAACUACUAGAAGAUUUUGGAUUUGAUGGUUCUAAUUUACCUGUUAUAUUUGGCUCUGCAUUGGAAGCACUAGAAGAAAAAGAUACUGAAUAUGGAGUUCCUUCAGUAUUGAAACUUUUGGAUAUAUUAGACAGUUAUAUUCCAGAUCCAGAAAGAGAUUUUAACUCGCCAUUUAUGCUGCCAAUAGACAAUGUUUUCACAGUACCUGGUAGAGGCACUGUAAUAGUAGGAACUAUACAUAGAGGUACUAUUAGAAAAAAUGCAGAGUCUGAGUUACUGGGUUUUGAUACUAAACUUAAAACAACUAUUUCUGACAUUCAAGUUUUCAAAAAAAGUAUCCCACAGGCAAAAGCUGGAGAAAAUAUAGGUGCACUAGUAAGGGGUAUAAAAGUAAAAGAUGUUUCCAAAGGAAUGAUUUUAUGUGCUGCAGGUAGUCAAAAAAUUAGUAACAGAUUCAAAGCUAGUAUUUAUUUUCUUUCUAAAGGAGAAGGUGGUAGGUCUAAGCCAGUGACAAACAAAUAUUGUCAACAGUUAUUUAGUAAGACCUGGAAUGUGGCAUGCCGAAUCGAUAUGGAUGCAAAUGUAGACAUGAUAUUACCUGGAGAACAUGGGACAGUUUAUGUCACUUUAUUACGAAAAAUGGUUAUGGUACCAGGACAACAGUUUACUAUUAGAGAAAACAACAUAACUGUAGGAACGGGUAUUAUUGCAGAGACUUUAACUGACAUUAAUAUUACUACUAGUUUAGGAAAGCUUGAAAUAUAGUGAAAUAAACUGUUUUGUAAAUAAAACACAUUUUCAUAAAAUUUUAAGUAUUUAAUAUAAAAUGUAUAGGUAUCCAAUAUAAUAGAAAUAUUUUUGCCUUAUUCUAUUUAGUAAUAUAUAUUCUUAAACAACUAAAUCACCAGAGGACCAAGCAGGCGCUUUCACAUUAAAAUUAUAGUAAUGAGUAAUUUUGACAAAUAAUACUGAUGAGUAUGAUGAUGAACAUUAAAAAAAAAUCAAAAAACUCAUCACAUUUAUCCAAUUUUGACGGCCCUAUAAAACAAAAAUGAAUUGCCAAUCUAUCAUUAAAUGUUUAAAUGUGGUAGCAUACCAGGUUUAUAUUUUUAACUUAUAUGUAUAUCAAAUUAUAUAGAUAUAAUACAGGUUCAGAAAAGACAUUUCUUUAUAUCUACAAGUGUGAUAAGAGUUUCCUUUUCGAACCUGUCAGAUUAUUACAUAUUUUAAAUGUAAUAAAUAGGCACAAUUUGCCAAAGAGUAUGAAUUACUUUUGUCAAUCAAGAUAAGUUCACAGAUCAGUCUAAAAAAAGUUUUUACGGUUUUUUCCCUUGUCAUGUCAGGACAAGUUGAUUAUGGAUCAUUAAUAAUCUUCUUCUCAUCAAUUUUUAGGUUACACAAGAGCUUUCAGUGCAGUAGGAAAUAUAUUUCUGAAUUAGGGACCUUUUAUUAAUCUGUGAAUACCACAGUUCUUAGUGCAUCUUCUGGCCUUAUUUCAAGUUGUGCAACUGUACCGUCGUUAAAAGGGAAAGAAAUUCCUCCGUCCACUACCAAUAUUGCCUCAAAACAGUGUGAUUGAACUUCGAUUUUAGAUGCAAAACCUCUAGGCUUUAUACCUUUAGGAUCUGGCCAGACUCCUGAAGAUAUUAGAUCUCGAAUUGUGUAUCCCAUUUUUUUGUGCUCUAAAAAAUU